AUGAGGACCUCUUACAAGACGGUCUUAGCUGUACUUCCACUCUACGCAACUACAGCCAUCGCAGAUCGAUAUGCCAGCAACAUACGACCGGUAAUUGUCGAUGUACCAAAAGUGGCGGCCAACUUUCCCGACGUCGACGGCAUCCAGCUGCUAUCGCCGGCUUUCCUGAAUCCGGAGAAUGUACCAGCGACAUUUGCGAACGGCACCUCAGGACCCACUCCACAGCUUGAUCUGGAAAUCUUCGUGAAAGGCCUUACUCAGCGCAACGGAUGGAUCACCUACAAUAGCGGCCUGAGAUCCGAGGAAGAUCGGGCGAUACCGUACGUUACAUUGACAAAUGGCAAAAAAAACAGUGAGAAACUACGUGUCUGGAUCCAAGGAGGCCAGCACGGAAACGAGCCCGCAGGCGACGAGGGCGUGCUUGCACUGCUUGGAAAAUUUGCGCAAGACUCCCAAUGGACCGCGAAGAUCCUUGAGAAGAUCGAUCUCAUGAUCAUCCCGCGUUACAACGUCGAUGGUGUCGAGUACCUACAGCGACAACUGGCUUCCAACUACGAUCCCAACCGCGAUCAUGCUGUACUCGAGCGACAGCAGACACGUGCCAUCAGAAAGCUGCAGUCUGAGUUUGACCCUCAUAUCUUCAUCGACGACCACGAGUAUACCGGAGGCAACUUGGUAGCGGAAAAGUACAUCCGCGCGCAGGAUCUCUUGGUCUCCGCCAACAAGAACCAGAACGUCAAUCCUAGUAUCCGAGCGUUGAACCAGGCAUUCGUCGACGACAUCUUCUCAGUUGCCGAGAGUAAGGACCUGCGCAUCUUCCCAUACUUCACUACGAGUGUCGCGAACGGCACGAUAACGAUUGAAGAGCCGGAUGCGCUUGCCGCGGCGAAUCAUAAGGGUGCUGGUAACUACCAGGCCCUGACUUUCCUCGUCGAGACGCGUGGAAUUGCUAUCGCAGAUCAGCACUUCCAGCGACGUGUCGCAUCCCAUGUUAUCGUUCUGGAGACUAUCCUCAAUAAAGCAGUGGAUGAGUUCGACGACGUAUACAGCACCAUCGAAGCCGGACGUAAAGCAUUCAUCGACAGCAAAGACGAAAUCGUCGUAACCUACGAACAGCGCAUCACCAACAAGACAGUUCCCUUCAUCGACGAAUCAAGCGGCGCGAUUGUCGACGUCCCAGUCCGUUCCCGAAACAGCGAUCCCUCCAUCGUCACUCUAUCCCGCCCCCGACCAAAAGCUUACGUCUUCUCACGCGCCUGGGCCGAUGUAGCAGAGCGUCUCCGCAUUCUUGGUGUCACCGUUGACGUUCUGGAGAAAGGCUUUGUCGGAACUGUGGAAGCGCUUGUAGUCACGAAGGCUGAGCUCGCGGAAACAAAGUUCGAGGGCAUUGCGGGUACAACAGUCACGACAAAUACAACGCAGCGUGCUGUAACGAUACCCGCUGGUGGCUUCUGCAUUGAUACCAAGCAAAAGAAUGCUGGAUAUGCGUUUACGCUGUUAGAACCAGAGGGAGAGGCAAGUCAGGUGUAUUAUAACAAGAUUCCGCUAGAGGAGGGGGAUGAAUACCCCGUAUUCAGGGUUCUGUAG